AUGGAACAUAGAAGAUUGCGCAAAGGGCCGCUGCCUGGAGGUCGUCAGGGCGCGUCUGGAGCUGGCGCUGGACGCGACAGCAUGCGAACCGCCAGCCGAGCGCGAGGUGCUGCACGACCACCCAGCAGCCCCUCGCAUCCAUCAUCCCCACCAGCUUGCUUGGUGUCGGCAGGGUCUUCGCAGGCCCAGCAAUCGGCACCCGCCACUGGUGGAGUACGCCGCAUGCGAUGGACCAUCAAUAUGAAUUCAAACGCAUUGCGGGCGUAUUUUAGGGCGAAAGGGGGAGAAAUUGGAGGUUUCGCGUAUCGGGCUAGGAUGCAUCGUCUUUUUACUGAGCUGGAGCCAUCUAUUACUGUCACCGAGCAAAACCUGGCAGACCGAGUUCGGUAUAUCUUACGCUCAAAUAUAUUUGAUGGCGCCGAACUCGAACGGCUACGACGUGAGGCUGUUCCCUCAUCAAAUGAAAACGCUACGACUGAGGGUGCGGUGCCACAAGUUGCAGAACAACCCGCACACGUGGAUGCCGCCGAGAAUACCCCAGUGGUUGCUGAUUCAAAUGAUGAUGGAACAUUCACCCAGGAACUAGAAAUAGAGCAAAUGAGGAGUACAUUGGAAGAGGCGAUUAUGGAAACGCGCAGUACGCCUCUCGAAAAUCGACCGCGACUUCCCCGCAUAGCCCUAAGCAAGCGGAAUCGGGCUGUCGUGAGGGCUCUGAACCCAAUGCUGGUGACCUAUUUGGAAGCCAGCCGGGACCUUUGCGAGACGGACUCAAUUCUCUUUGGCGCCGCACUGGCAGUCUGCCGUAUUAUAGGCGCCAAACUUUCCACGGCUGGACGCACUACUGGACAAAGUAGUGCUAUCCCAGCCUGGAGAACAAGAAUUGAAGAACGUAUCGCAAAGGCUAGGGCCCUCAUCGGCAGACUGAUAUGCUUCAGGUCAGGCAAUACCAGGCCAAGGAUUGUGCGCACCGUCAGGAUGGCGUUUGCUGGGACAAAUGUUAGUUUGUCCCAGCCGGAUAUAAUGCAAAAACUGACGGAGCGCAUAGACGACCUGAAGCAGAGAAUCGCUGCUUGGGGAAAGCGAAUUCGGCGAUAUACCGAGAGGUCGACACGGUUCAACCAGAAUCGUCUCUUCCAGAGUGAUCAGAAGAGGCUCUAUAAAUCAUUGGAGCGACCAAUGGUAAGUGGAACGGGCCCAGUACCGAAUCAGGCCGACACGGUCGCAUUCUGGCGCAGCCUGUGGUCAGAGCCCGUAAACCACAACGAGGGCCCUUGGACGGAAGUUGUGGCGAGUCAGUGUGCGGGUAUUACGCCCAUGGACCCCGUCACCAUAACGCCGGAUGACGUAGCUGAGGCGGUCCGUAGGGCCCCGAACUGGAAAAGUCCGGGACUCGACGGGCUGCAUCACUACUGGCUGAAGGGGUUCGUGGGCAAAGGCAAGUAUCUGUUGACUGUAAACCACAAGAGUGUACUGUUAAUUGUAUAUCGUUAA